AUGGCGCAACCACAAGGAUUUGUGGACAAGAAUCGUCCUGAUUACGUUUGCCGGCUGAAGAAACCGAUCUACGGGCUCAAACAAGCUCCGCGUGCCUGGUAUCUUUCUCUCAAACAUCAUCUUCUUCAAACUGGUUUUACAAACUCCCUUGCGGAUACUUCUUUAUUUAUCCGUCGGACUACCACAACAUUUACUUAUGUUCUAGUCUAUGUGGAUGAUAUUCUGGUUACUGGAAAUGAUCCCAAGCUAGUCGAUCAAGUGCUUCAUUCCUUUGCUACACGCUUCUCUAUUAAAGAUCCGACUGAUCUUAGUUAUUUUCUGGGUAUAGAAGCCACACGCUCUACUGCUUGUUUGCAUCUUAUGCAAAGGAAAUACAUUGUUGAUCUUCUUGCAGCGCACAACAUGUCUGAUGCGAAUCCUGUUGCGACACCGCUUCCUGUUUCACCUAAGCUCACUCUCCAUGGAGGUACACCACUUGAGGAUGCCAAACAGUAUCGUUCAGUAGUUGGGAGCUUGCAAUAUCUUUCUUUCACAAGGCCAGAUAUUGCUUAUGUGGUCAAUCGUUUGUCCCAAUUUAUGCAUCGCCCAACUGUUGAACAUUGGCAAGCUGCUAAACGGGUCUUAAGGUAUCUAGCAGGAACUCUCACACAUGGUAUUUUCUUUCAUUCCAACUCUACAAUCUCUUUACAAGCAUAUUCGGAUGCGGAUUGGGCUGGUGAUAUAGAUGACUUUGUGUCUACGAAUGCCUUUAUUGUCUACUUGGGACGUAAUCCAAUCUCAUGGUCCUCUAAGAAGCAACGAGGUGUAGCAAGGUCUUCGACUGAGGCUGAAUACCGUGCUGUUGCCAAUACCGCCUCAGAAAUUCGUUGGUUAUGCUCUCUACUCACUGAGCUUGGUGUUACUUUACCUUCUGUACCUGUUAUCCUUUGUGAUAAUAUCGGUGCCACAUAUCUCUGCGCCAAUCCAGUAUUCCAUUCUAGGAUGAAGCAUCUUGCUUUGGACUAUCAUUUUAUUCGACAAUAG